ACUUUGGAACAGAUAUACCAGCUCUCUUCUUGUUCCAAUUCCUGUUUCUUCUCCCAACCUAAUCUACAAAAAUAAUUCUUCUAUCGUAAGUUGCCAUGACUGACAUAAUUCAGAUCCAGGCCCCAACAUACGGGAAUCUUAUCACUGUUCUUAGCAUCGAUGGAGGAGGGAUUAGAGGAAUUAUUCCUGCUACAAUCCUUGCCUUCUUGGAGUCACAGCUUCAGGAGCACGAUGGAGUGGAUGCAAGGCUUGCGGAUUACUUCGAUGUGAUUGCUGGAACUAGCACUGGCGGCCUUGUGACUGCCAUGUUAACUGCACCAAACGAGAAGAACCGGCCUAUCUUCGAAGCUAAAGAUAUCAAGGCCUUUUAUUUGGAGCACAGCCCUAAGAUCUUCCCACAACCUCGAGGACCUAUUGAUGGAGCUUUUAACGCUUUCAGACUAUUUAGCGGACCCAAGUAUGAUGGAAAGUAUCUUCACCAGACUAUUAAGGAAAGACUAGGGAGCUUGAGACUGCACCAGACCUUGACAAACGUGGUCAUACCAGCUUUUGAUAUCAAAAAACUUCAACCCACAAUAUUCUCCUCCUAUGAGGUGAAACAUAAUGCUUUAUUGGAUGCUGAGCUAUCUGAUAUUUCCAUUAGUACAUCUGCUGCUCCAACUUACCUUCCUGGACAUUACUUCAAAAUAAAAAAUUCUGAUGGAAAAGUGAGGGAAUUUAACCUUAUUGAUGGUGGUGUUGCAGCUAAUAAUCCGGCAUUGGUUGCUAUGUCAGAAGUAACAAAGGAGAUUUUUAGAGGGAACACUGAUUUCUUCCCAAUCAAGCCUACAGAUUAUGGUCGGUUUUUAGUCAUCUCAUUAGGAACAGGUACAGCAAAGAACGAGGAAAAGUUUGAUGCCAAGGAGUCAAGUAAAUGGGGAGUUCUGGGUUGGUUGCUAAGUGGCGGUUCAAAUCCAUUAGUCGAUGCCUUCACUCAAGCAAGCAGUGAUAUGGUUGAUAUCCAUAUAUCUGUGGUCUUCCAAGCCCUACAUUCUGAUUCUAAAUAUUUGAGAAUUCAGGAUGAUACAUUAAAAGGGACAGUAUCUUCAGUCGAUGUAGCAACAAAAGAAAAUUUGGAUAGUCUUGUUAAAAUUGGUGAAGAGCUUUUGAAGAAACCUACUUCAAGAAUAAAUCUUGAGACAGGUGUAUAUGAACCUGUAGACAAAGAAACAAAUGAACAAGCACUUAAAAGGUUUGCUAAGAUACUUUCCGAAGAACGAAGGCUUCGGGAGAUGAGAUCGCCAUACACAAAGGCUUCAAAAGAGCAAUAAUAAAUAUCUUUGAUUUAUCAAUCAUUUUAUUAUCAAAAUACCACGUCAUAGUUCACAACUAAUGCAGUAGGGAUGUUUCUUUUGAAUUUAUGUUAUGCACGCAUGUUGUUAUAUUUCAGUAUCAAAGUCCUAAUAAAAAUGUGUAAUGUUUUGAUUUUAAUAUUAUUAUUGGAUAAACGUACAAAUAUUUCAAUAAAUUUUCA